CUCUGCGAGUACCAUUUGCCGUAACACGAUUAAAGUUAUAGCACCGUAUAUCGAGCGCCAAAACAAAACGCGAUCUAGUUUGACGUUUCCGCACGUGCGUGGGUCGUUGGUAGUACCAAAAGGUACGAUUUUUUUUUUAAAACUUAUUUUUAGUGAGAGAUAAAUCAUAAUUACUUUGUUAAAUGGGGUUUUAUGUUAUUAAAUGGUGGUUUUUUGUAAUAUGCAAAGGGGGACAAGUGGUACCACAUAUGUUCAUUAUCGAUGGAAGUGGAUUAAGAAGCUAGUUCCCACAGAAGCCAUCAACUACCAACCCAGACGGUCUCACUUAUCCAACCUCAUCUUCCGCUUCGACCGACGACUGGCCGAUAGUACUAGACGCCAGCAGAAUCAUCGACGAGUUCGGCGUAAAAAUACGACAAGAUAGCGGUAGAAACCAGUCGGCAGGAAGUUGUUUUGCAUCGGUGGGAUUUAACAACGACGUCUUCACUGCGAAGGAAAACAGUGACCGGGACCCAGUGAAAGUGCGUGUCGACUAUAUCGGCGGUUCGGAUGCUGCUGCAGGUCGUACUGAUAGAAACUCGGACGGUAUCGGUUGUAGAGAGUGCGAUAAUGUUGGUGAAAGGGAUUCUGGGUACGGCGAAAAGUCGUUUUCCGAUCGGGGAAAUUGCAGUUUAGCUGAGGAGAACAGGUUAAGUGGCUGUAAUGAAAAUGCCAUUUUAAGAUUUAUGGAUGUGUAUCCGGAAAAGAGCAAACGACUAUGUAAUUCCACAACAGAAUUUCUUAAACCAUAUUAUACAAUCACGAAAAUGGAAGCCGAACAUCAGAAAAACAAUCCGGAGAAAGUAAUGGACACUUCCCCUGGUAUAAUCCAAGAAAUUGGAAACCCCAAAGAAGUGGAUUUUAUCGAAAUGCAAACUCUUGACGCCAACUCUUUCUUACGAACAAAUUGCGUGUGUAAAAAUCGGGAUUCGAACUUAACAGAUUUCUGCAAGGACUGUUUAAAAAAUUACACAUCGGAAAACAAUUGUACGACGAAAAUUUGUCGAGAUAUAAACAAGGUGGGAGUCACAGUAGUCGAUAGUGGGAUUAAGGCCACGCGCGAGACGAAACAUUUAAACAAUGGCUUGCAAAACUCGAACGAACUUGGCGUAAACAUGGGAUUUAGUGAGCGUAGUGAAGCAGAACAAAGGAAAUACGAAGACCGGGUUGUCGAAGUUUCGUUAAUUGACAGUAGCGAUAAAAGUGCGGGCGUGGAGUGCGGUACAAACGCGGAGAAAAACGUAAAAAAUGGCGGUUCGACAGUUAGUGAAGUAAGUUUUAUUGAAGAUACUUGUACAGAAAUAUCUAUUAAAAUAUUAAAACAAAUUGAAAAUAUCGAUGACAACACGCAGAUUAACAUUAAUAACUUAGAACAACCAGAUAUAACAAAAUAUUGUGGUGUAGUUGAAGAGAGUAACGUUGUCAAAGAAAAUGACAAGAAUGUGUUUGAUUUGGUAGAAAAUUUACAUACUUUCAGUGAUGAUUUGAUCAGAAGAAACAGUCCCAACGAUUAUAAUACUCUUUCUAAAGAUGAUAUCCUACAAAACCAUGAAGACGAUUUUAAAGCAACCGAAAUAAAUUAUGGUUCUUUAACAGAAAUGAAUAGUGAUAAAACUGCAAGGCAAAAUAUCCUCGAUUGCAGUAAUGAAGGAUGUAGUCAUUUUGUAAAAGCUGAGAGUUGUGUUGGAGAAGGAAGUAGAAAUUCUUUAAAAGAAAGUGGAUCACAAGUUGAUUAUAUUAGUGCUUAUAAAGAUAGCGAGAUAAAUCAUCAAUCUAUGUUUAAAGAUAGAGUUUGUCACUGUUCGUCUGACAAUAAUAAAAUCAGUAAUAAUUUAAAACAAAUAUAUGGUGUAAAUAACACAAAUACUGGUGAUGAUACAGCUGAAAAACGUAAUAAUGAGUUUAGUAAACCUUCUAUUGGGACCACUUGUUUAGAAGUGGAUGAUAAUGAGUGUAACAAAUGUAUUCAUAAUUUUGAUAAUAUAACUAAAGAUGAGACAGAUAAUUGUAGAAGCUAUUCUGGUCAUAAUAUAGACGGAAAUAUAAACCAGGAUUCUUUGAAACAAAGUGACAGUAAAUCCAGUUGUUGCAAAAAAGGGUUUAGACAAAACUAUUUGGAACGUAGUAGUAAUAAUGAUCCUGUUACAUCUUUGGAUGUAGAUUAUCGUAAUAAUUCGUUUCCAAAAAACACAACUGAAGAAAAUGUUAAAAACAAAGAUGAAGCAGUGAUAGAAAAAGACGCUUUGCAAAUAAAUACACUCAAAAGAGAAAGCACUGAUUCUAGUGAAUCUAAACCUCAAACUGAAUCGGUUUCAACAAGCGCUGCAAACCUUGACCUCGGUAGUGAACGUGGCGGCCGCGGUUCAACCUCCCCGGACCCUCUUAAUCCUGCUGGAACGUGUCUCCUCAACUCUUCUCCUUGUGGCGGUGCCGGCAUCGGGCAAACGGCCCACGACGGAGCGCCUAGCGCGCCUCCUCCGGCAUCGAUCGACGCCACUGUCGGAUCAGAGCGCGCACAGGCGCCGGGCUGCAGUCGCGAAACCGUCGCCGACGUCGCCGCCUGCGACGCUCCCGUGUGUCGCACGCCCCCGCAGGAUUAUUGCCCUCCUGCUCACUGUUUUCUCACACAAAACCCUUCGGAAAAUCGAACCGUCGAGCGCGAAUCGGUACGGUACCCGAGUCCGCAGCGGACUGACACUGAAACUCGUGCUUCGGAACUGCGAAACGCCGACGGAGAACGUCAACACUUGAGUUGGGGCUUCAGGAACGGCAGAUUGGUGUUUGCCGAGAGUAAAAGUGACCUUGGCGACUCAAGGCUUCAAUUGGAACAAGUGGUUGACUCCGCGGGAACCUCCAUUCAGCGUCUCACCGCAGGUAGUUACGACGAGUACAUUUGUAAACAUUUACUCAACCGUCUUUGCUUAGGUGAACAAUCCAAACAAACAGGUCCAGAAGAAAAAGAUAUCCUUUAUAGCAAAGAUAUAAACAAAAAGCUUGAAGACGGAAAGUCAAGAUUGAAGUACCUGGAAGAUAAACUAAAAAAAGCAGGCAUCACUGACGAGAACUCAAAAUUAAUUCAACCUACCAAAGUACCUGGUUCUAACCAAGUAAAAGACUUAUCUAGUCAAUGUUGUAACUGUAAAUACUUAGAGAAUAAAGAAUGUAUCUGUGAUUGUGUCAAAAAAACAGAAUCUAAACAGGAAAACCAAAGGGAUUUGAAUAGUCAAGACAGUAGCAUUAAUAACAAUUUUACUAAAAAACAUUAUUUCGAACAUGCGCACAAUUCAAGCAACAAUAAUCUUGAAACCCAUUCAAAAGUAGAAGGCGAUAAAGACAAACAACCUUCAAAAGUAAUCGAAUACAGUGAAUUUCAAAAUCAAGACGUCAAAUCUAGUCUCGAUUCGAAUCAAAAUAUUAUUGAGAAUUUUCUGAAUGAAGAAGAUUUUUUUCCUGAGGGAUUAGACGGGUUCUGUCAGUUUGACGUCAAUAAUUUUGCCGAGUUUGUUGAACAGCCACCUGCUGGGUACUACGAUGAGUUUCUGGAAGACUCUUCUUCGGAUGGAUCGUGCAGUCAGUGUGACGACGAUGAUCACUUUAUUGUAAUAAGGAGAAUGCGUGGUGACGGUGCCAACAUGGUCAACGACACCUCCGACCGUUCCAAGCACAACCCCGACCGGGACAACCUCAAGUCCCUCCUCAAGAAACCGGGCCGUUCGUCCAAAGACAAAAAGUCGAAUCGGGUCGUGUUCAACGAGAACAAGAACGAAUUCUUCGACGCCGACUAUAUCAUUCUCAUUCGCGAGGAGUGCGACUACGACGAGGACGACGAGGAUGGCGUGUGCACGUGCAACCAGCACGAGAUGGUGCGGCUCACUUGUUGCGAGCCCAACUGCAGCUGCCAGGGAGGAGGCUACGAGGGUUUCGAACCCACACCUCAAAGUCCUAAAUUCGCGCCUCCGAUCGAGUUUGUCGAUGCCGUGACUCUGAGUCCGCCCGAGGGGUAUAAGGAUAUGGAGUUGAUGAGUAGGGGACAGCAGCGCGGAGCUGUUUGUAGGGAGUGCAGCGCUACUCACGAGGAUGAUUUGGAGGAUGACGAUGGAUCUCAGUCCGACAGCGACAUGGACGGGCAAUUAAGAGAAAAUGAGGAGAAGGAAAAGACUGACCAAAGUCAACAGACGACACCCACGACGCCUCCCAACUCUGAUAGCCCUAACGAUCAAAACUAUAUUUUAGAGACGAUCACUAUGUCGACGGUAACUCAACAGCAGAUUCUUCGGGAUGCCGAGAAUGACAGAUACUCUCACCAGUCCAGCCAAAAUUAUCAGCCUGGCGGUUCUCCGAUUAGCGGUAUUUUAAAAGGAGGAAAGUUAUGGAAGCAACAGAGUCAGCAAAGCAUGGAUAUUAGCUCACGGGGGAAACGACAUGGCGCCAGUAACUGUUCCAGAAACAAUUACUUCAGACGACGAGACCGCCAAUAGAAGAUCAGUCCGCUUCUUCGAAACAGAA